AUGGCUGUCGACGUUUUCUCUGUGCCAAUCUUCCUGGUCGUUUUCCGAGAGGCCUUGGAGACGGUCAUCAUCAUCUCUGUCCUGCUUGCUUUCCUCAAGCAGACCCUUGAUGGUCCCAACCGAGAUGUGAAAGUGUACAGGAAGCUGGUCCGACAGGUUUGGCUCGGCACGGGCUUGGGUUUCUUUCUCUGCCUCGUCAUCGGCGGCGCCCUCAUCGGAGUCUUCUACACGGCUGGCGGCAACAGGUGGGAGAACUCGGAGCUCAACUAUGAAGGCGCCUUCUCUCUGAUUGCGUCGGUAAUCAUCACCGCGGUCGGUGUCGCCCUCCUUCGGAUCGGCAAGAUGCAGGAGAAAUGGCGAGUAAAGCUCGCAGUUGCUCUCGAGGCGCCCAUCAGGACGGGUGGCAGAAAAGGUGUCAUCAAGCGCUUCCUUGAGAAGUACGCCAUGUUUGCCCUGCCUUUUAUUACGGUUCUGCGAGAGGGGAUCGAGGCUAUCGUCUUCGUCGCCGGGGUCACAUUCUCGGCUCCCGCCAGCGCUGUUCCUCUCCCAGUCAUUGUCGGGCUCCUCGCUGGGGCUGUUGUGGGCUACAUCCUUUACAAGAGCGGAUCUUCGACCAAGUUGCAAGUCUUCCUCGUUGCGUCGACGUGUCUGCUAUAUCUUGUCGCCGCCGGCCUUUUUUCUCGUGCCGUGUGGUAUUUCGAGCAGCAAAAAUGGAAUACGCUUGUGGGGAGCGACGCUGCCGAGCUCGGCGACGGCCCGGGAUCCUAUGAUAUUACCAAAUCCGUUUGGCAUGUCAACUGCUGUAGCCCCCAAUCCGAGGGCGGCAAUGGCUGGGGCUUCUUCAACGCCAUCCUGGGGUGGACCAACUCGGCAACCUAUGGUUCCGUAAUCUCCUAUAACGUAUACUGGAUCUUUGUCAUUUCCAUGUUCGUCGUAAUGAGAUUCCGCGAGGUCAAAGGCCAUUGGCCACUGAGGAAGCCAAAGUCGGUAGCACAGCCAGUUGCCGGGCAGGAGAAAGGCCAGGAGAGUGAGAACGACGGGAUCGUUGAGAGAAGGUCCGCGGGCGAUGAGCAAACCGAGUGCUGA